UACUUGCAAAAUGAUGAAAAAUAUCUAACCCACUAUUCCACCCAUUUUCAUUUUUAAAAAAUGGGAGCCAAAUGGGGGGCUAAGAUCAUGGGAGAGUUUGUUAUAACUUCUUGAGAGCCGUAAAAUAUUGAACGUUUGAUUGACUUAAAAAGUCACGAUUAUUUGUCAAAUAAGUGUUUCAAAUUUAGAGUAGAAGGAACGGUUCUGUUCAAAUGGUAAAACAUGUUUUACUUAUUUUGUGAAUGCACUUUAGAACUUUUUAUGUUGCUUAUUAAACAUAUAAUUUCAUGUAAUGACGGAAGGCUAAAAAAUGUAGAGAACUUCUUUUACUUGUUCUUCGAGAUCUUUCAAAGAUCAUGGUGCAAAUGUGAAGGCUGCCUAACUAUUAUGUUUAUUUAAGGUGAAAAUGGAUGACGAACGUGCUCUAUGGAUUGAUUCAUAUUUAGCACUGAGGAAUAGUAGUGGCAGAUAUAGCUUACAAGUUCAGAAACUAGACAUUUAUGUACUUAGUUGGAUGGAGGAAUUAUUUUUGCCUCCAUGUCAGAAGCAGUACAUGCACACUCUUGGAAGAUGUGUAUCAAGCGGUAAAGAUCUGUGGGUUGCAGUGCAAGAGGGUUCAGUGUCUGAUGUUGACUCAAUAUUGGCAUUGAUGAAGAAAAAUGGGGGAAACAUCGAUGCAAGGAAUUCAUUUGGUCUCACACCUCUUCACAUUGCGACCUGGAGAAAUCACGUACCUAUUGUUAGAAGGCUGCUUGUGGCUGGUGCAGACCCGAAUGCGAAGGAUGGUGAGUCAGGAUGGAGCAGCCUUCACAGAGCAAUUCAUUUUGGUCAUCUUGCAGUUGCUUGUGUCCUCCUUCAGUCUGGUGCUUCUGUCACACUGGAAGACUUGAAAUCUAGAACACCAAUUGAUCUUCUCUCUGGGCCUGUUAUACAGGCUGUUGGGAAGGUAAUGGGUGAUCAUUCAGUUGCCACUGUGGUCUUCAGCUGGGGGAGUGGUGUCAAUUAUCAACUUGGAACUGGGAAUGCUCACAUUCAGAAGUUACCAUGCAAAGUUGAUUCACUUCAUGGGUCAUUCAUCAAAUUGGUUUCUGCUGCAAAGUUCCACAGUGUGGCUGUUAGUGCACACGGAGAAGUUUAAACCUGGGGAUUUGGAAGGGGUGGCCGUCUUGGGCAUCCUGACUUUGAUAUACACAGCACUUCAUUGGAUAUUUUGGUGAGUCUCGAGAAACUUUUGGAUAUGAAGUCAUCAGAACCAUGGAGUUAUCAUCGACUUCCAACCCCCACUGCUACAUUUCCUGCCAUUAUUAAUAGUGAAGAUGAGGAUAUUGAGAAUGAUUUACUUAGGACACGUGACCACGGUACAAAUAAAUCAAGCUUGAAAAAUGGAGUUGUUCAGAAAUCAAAGAGCUUUCUACAACCCUAUGAUAUUGCAAAGGAGGGCAUUUCCAAACAGGUGUGAGCUUUGAGGAAAAAGUUGCAACAGAUUGAGUUGCUUGAAGAGAAGAUGGUCAAAGGACACCCCCUUGAUUACCAGCAGGUUGCAAAACUUCAGAUGAGGUCAGCAUUGCAGAGCUCACUUUCUGAGCUUGGCGUGCCUACUGAAACAGUAAAGACAAAGGCAUAUUCGUUCGUGGAUGAAAAAGAUAGUAGAAAAGGGGCAUCUAGAAAGCAAAGAAAAAAGAGCAAAAAGAAGGCAGCACAAAAGGAUGAGGAGCCUAACAAUAAUGACAUAAGUGCUGAAUCAGACCUCAUAAAAGCUUUCCUAGAUAUUGAAGUUUCACAAGUCGCAAACAAGGAGAAAGAUGCACAUAUGAAGAGUGCUGAGGCCAGCCAAGAGAUCAAAAUAUCUCAAUUUUGCAAUAAGAACGCAAUUGCAGACGUUCCAAAAAAUAAAACUGGAUCUACUGCUUCUUCCAAGGAGCAGAAUAAAAAAGGUGGGCUCUCAAUGUUCUUGAGUGGUGCCCUUGAUGACGUUCCAAAAAGUGUUGCCCCUCCUCCCAUGAUACCCAAAAUUGAGGGUCCUGCUUGGGAUGGUGCUAAAAUUUCGAAAGGAUCUACCACACUUCGUGAGAUACAGGAUGAGCAGAGCAAAACUAGGGCAAGUAAGCCUACACCAAUUAAAUAUCAAGUGGAGGAGCAUUCUGAUGGCUGUAGUGUUGGGAAGCUCCAACUAAAUUCAUUUUUGUCUUCCACCCCGAUUCCCAUGGUCCCAGGAAGGAUGACACCGGCAUCUGAGGGAGAACGAAAUACUCCUCCUUGGGCUGCAUCAGGAACUCCACCUUCUCUUUCGCAUCCCUCUCUUAGGAACAUCCAGUUGCAACAGGUGAUUCUCUUCCUGUGUGUACAUGAAAACCUGCAAGAAUGCUUGUGGUUUUUACUUCUUCCCCUAAAGUAUCAGAUGUGAAGGUAAGGGGCUAUUUCCAAUUUUUGUAUCUGUGACAUUCGUAUUGCAGAUAUCUCAUGUAUUCAUUAAAUGGGAAAGAAUCUAAAUUCUUGUCUUCUGUAAGAGCUUCGUGUACUGUUAUUAAUUUUUCCACUUGCUAUUGUCUUUUA